CUGGGCAGGGCUGGAGUGGGCUUUCGGCGUCUCAGAGGCGCGGAACCCCGAAGCGAGGUAGAAAACACGGAGCCGGACUUUUGACCUGGGGCUGUGUGUGUGUGGGGGGGGGCGUGCCGAACUGACACAGACGCGCCGGAUUUUGAUUCAGCUCUACUAUGUCUUCUCCUAAAAUUUCAUCCCUUUCUUGGGGUCAAAUGAAGGUACAAGAUUGUAGCACAAUCUAUAAGGACUGCAAAGUGUGGCCUGGGGGUAGCCGGUCCUGGGAUUGGAGAGAAACUGGAACUGAGCAUUCCCCAGGUGUGCAGCCUGCAGAUGUGGAGGAAGUAGUUAAGAAGGGGGUCGAAACCCUUGUAAUUGGCCGUGGAAUGAGUGAAGCAUUGAAGGUGCCAGCAUCCACUGUGGACUACCUUGAGAGACAAGGGAUAGAUGUAGUGGUCCUCCAGACAGAAGAGGCUGUGAAAGAAUAUAACGCCCUGGCUGCUCAAGGAGUCAAAGUUGGAGGUGUUUUCCAUUCUACCUGCUAAUGCCACCUUCCCAGUUUAGAAAAAAAUAAAACAAUGAUUCAUGAA